UGUAUAGUUUUAGUGUGAGAGAGAACGUGCAGAAAUCUCGAAACUCUUCAUUUACCAGCUUUCUUUGGCAUCAUGACUAGAACCCAUAUCUCCAUUCUCUCUCUGAAGUUUCUAUUCUGCCCCUUUCGGCUACAUCGGAAAACUUUUCCGGCGCCAGAGAAAGCACCCCUAGAGGAGAUCCUCGAAGUCAGGCUUAAACAGCUAGAUUUGGAUGAUGGCCAUGGCAUAACCAUGUCAUGGCUUUGCCAGGCCAUGGAAAUCCUCAGCAUGACCUAUACUAAAGCCACAGCCAUGGUCCCAAAUUCCAACGUACCAGAAAAAUGGUUCCAUUCGUUUCUCGAAAACUCUCUCGAGCUUUUAGAUCUGUGCAAUUCCAUCUCUUCAACGCUCUCGAGGCUCCAAAAUAAAUGCCUCUCAAUCAAACAUGCUCUCCACCUUAUCGAUCACCAGAUUUCGAAUUUCCAGUCACUGGAAAAUCUCAACGGAGCCCACAAAGCCCUCCUGCAAUGGAUGUUGAGACCUCCAAGAAAGUCUAGGACAUGCCAAAGUUCAACCCAUCCCCAGAAAUGCCCUCCCCUGUCCAAGUCUUUGCAUGCACAGACAUUAUACAUAGUCGAGACUAUAACCCAUUUUUUCACCAGGGGAGUUGCUGCCUCCUUGUUGGCAUCAGGGGUAGUCUUGGAAGAAUUGGGGCAGUUUUUCGGUGGGUCAGGAGUAAUUUGCAAAGAAAUGGCGAAUAUUUCAAGUCGGUCAGGGGUAGUUUUGGAAGAAUUGGGGCAGUUUUUGGAUCGUUCAGGGGUAGUUUUGGAAGAAUAGGGAUGGUUUUUCAGUGGGUCGAGGGUAGUUUUGAAAGAAUUGGGGCGAUUUUCAGGUAGGUCAGGGGUAGUCUUGGAAGAGUUGAAGGUCAUGGAUGAGUGUGUUAGAAAGUUUUUGGGAGCUAUAGAGCACGGAAGUGAGAAACAGAAUAAGAUUAUUGGUGAUGAAGAGGAAAGAGAGGAGUUGAGGAAGGCUGUAAAAGAAGUAGAAGAGAUUGUGGAGGUAUUUUCCGAAGGCUUGGACAGUUUGCUGGAGAAGGUGAAUGGUUUUUUCCAUCUUGUUUUGUGUGCAAGAAACUCAAUGUUGGAUAAUAUAAGAGAGAACAUAAAAUAGGACAGGGAAACAGGAAAACUAUGGAGUGUAUAUUUGUAAAAUUUCAAUGAAAUAAAUUCAAAUAGAAGGGAGAUUUUCGUCCUA